GUUAGCUCCUCGGGAUCACCUAUGUAUAUCAACAAGGAAGGUACGAUAGAAGUUACGUAAAAGGUACCUGUACGGACCGUUAAAAGGGGGGAAAUGGACCAGCAUUUCUCCACAAUAGAAAGUUAUCAGAUCCGUCUUCAUUUCUUAUCUGAUCCGAAGAAAUUGGGGCCGAUGGUAGCCAAGACUGCCCAAGUAUAACCCGGUAUAUACGACUAGGUAGCUAUACCUCGUUUUGCUAUGUAAGUAGAGCCUGCCCAGAAAGUGCCAAGUGGUCUUGGCUGCUACCACGUAAAAUAUUUGGCCGGUCACGGGCUGCGCCGUUUUUACCUCGCCUGUUUUAUUGUAUCGUGUCCAAGAGCGAAUAUCGAAAGACGCGAAAAAAAUGUAAGAUCGUGACUUCAGUUCUUUUCCACCUGGGAGAGGUCACAAACCAUGGCGGUAGGAAAUACUGGCAAUGGUGAUUGGGGCGAAGCGCCCCCAAAGAAAACAACAUGGCGGAAAACCCUUACUUUCCUCCGGCUGCUUUUCUGCUCAGAGCCGACAGCAUUAGACCUUGGUCUUAUGGCUGCGGGCACUCUCCUUGCAAUUGCGGCUGGUAUCCCAUACCCGUUGAUAGCGAUCCUGUUCGGUCAACUAGUCGAUAAUCUGAACAUGAUCGCGUGCAACGUGGAAUCCAAUAGCGUCGACGCCUCUCAGUCUCAAGCAACGAUCGCAUCUCUUAUAACCAAACUCGUGGCUAUCGCCGCCGCCCAAUUUGUCCUUGUCUAUUGUCACACGGUCUGCUGGAAUAUCCAAUCACAGCGAUUGAUGCACAGAUUAAGAGAUCGGUAUUUUCGAUAUCUUCUUCACCAGGAUUGCGCCUUCUUCGAUAAUAAACAUGCUGGCGAGGUCAGCGCUAGGCUCGACGAAGAUUUCACCGCCAUCCAAACCGGCACAAGCGAGAAGGUUGGUCGAAUGAUAGGUCAAUGCUCGUUUUUCACGACAGCAUAUAUUGUCGCAUUCAUUAAACAGCCUGUUUUGGCGGGGAUCCUCGUAUCGCUCGUCCCGGCUUUCCUACUUUUGACUGUUGGUGGAAGCCAUUAUUUCAAGAAAUUCGCGGGAAAAUCGGCAGCAUCAUUUGCGACCGGUGGCUCGAUCGCAUCGGAGGCGCUCUCACAUAUUUUCGUCGUCCAAGCUUUCGGAGCUGGGCCAAGACUCGAAGCGAAAUUUUCGAAACACAUGGCACUCGCGCGUAAAUUCGGUAUCAAAAAGGCCAUUGUCGCAGGUAUACAGGCUGGAUUGCUAUAUUUUAUAGCAUAUAGUUCCAAUGCUCUAGCGUACUGGCAGGGAAGUCGUAUGAUUGCCGAUUCUCUCAACGGAAAAGGGAAUGCAACCUUCGGUCAGGUGUAUACCGUCGUCUUUUUGCUUGUUGAUGCAUGUAUAAUCAUGGGUGGACUCGCGCCCCUUUUCCCCAUCCUCGGAGCCGCUUCCUUGGCGUAUGAGAGACUACGGGCAGACAUGGAUCAACAAUCAUCAAUCAAGCAUGAUUCUGGACGCAAACUUCCUUGGGAUACUCCUGGGUGCAUCGAAUUACGCGACGUUUCCUUUUCGUACCCGUCUCGGCCUAAGGAUCUAGCUUUGAACAAUGUGAAUGUGGCUUUCGCAGCGGGAAAAUAUACAGCCAUUGUUGGCCAGUCGGGUAGCGGGAAAUCAACCAUUGCCGCCCUUCUCAAUCGUUUCUACGACCCAAACAACGGAACUAUUUUAAUUGAUGGUACCGAUUUUAAGGAAAUUGACGUCCGAAAUCUACGGGGAUUCGUGAGUUUGGUUCAACAGGAAUCUGACUUGUUCGACAGAACCAUCUUCGAGAAUAUUGCUCUCGGCCUUGUCAAUUCCCCUCGCCCCGAACACCAGAAUUUGCGAUCGGCGAUUGUUGGCAACGAACUACAGGAUUUCAUCGCCAAUUGCAACCACGACAAUCUCUUAAACGAAGCGUCUCAUAAAGGUGCUAUUGCCGAGAUCGCUACCUUAGUCCAGAAAGCAGCUGACUUAGCUGAUCUCUCCUUUAUCAACGGCCUUGAAAAAGGAUACGGUACACAAGUCGGCGUUGGUGGAAAGCUCGUGAGUGGUGGGCAGCGUCAGCGUAUCGCCUUGGCUAGAGCGCUUGUUAGCGAUCCUAAAAUAUUGGUUCUCGAUGAAGCCACAGCCUCACUAGACUCGGCUACCGAGAAAAGAAUUCAGGCAGCCAUUGAUAAAGUAGCUGUUGGCCGAACCGUCAUUUCAAUUGCACAUCGGCUGUCCACUAUUAAGCACGCUGAUAAUAUUGUUGUUAUGCGGGACGGCGAAGUGGUUGAACAGGGAACCUAUGAAAGACUCUUGGAGCGAAGUGGGCCCUUCGCUCAUCUAGCUAGCUUGCAAGGACUAGACAGCUCGGCGGGGAAGACCUCGGAAUUGUCGUCGCUCAAUAACGUAGACAUGGAAUCUUUGGGCGACACAAUUAGUAACCGAAAAUCAACUUCUUCAAAUGCCACAAGGGAAAUCUUGGACGAAAAGCCCGGCCCCAGGGAAGGGAAUGCGCCGAUCACUCCUAGCAAAGCCACAACCGACGAUAUCAACGAUCCUCUUUCUUCUCGUGCUGUUCUCUCCGGUAUGGGCGCACUAGUCAGGCCAGACUACAGAUGGCUGGCUCUUGCUGUACCAGCCGCUAUCAUCGUCGGGUGUACUUUCACAGCAAUGGGUUUGAUAUUCGGCAAUACUGUCAGCGCUCUUAGCGCUUGCCAUGCAGCAGUCUCACGCAUCUUGUAUCUUGGUCGAUUCUUCGGUGGUCUUAUCUUCAUGCUGGCGGUCAUCGAAUUCUUCGCCAACUUAGGCAGCUGGUCGUCGUUCGGUCGCGUGUCCGAAAAUCUCGUCUACAAACUCCGAAUACUUAGCUUCAGAACUCUGAUGGAGCAGAACGUCGAGUGGCAUAGCUCCGGUAAUCGCACGCCUAGUUCUCUUCUGAGCGUUAUAACAAGGGAUGGUGCUUCGAUAGCAGCGUUUAGUGGAAGCAUCAUCGCCACGACCUUCUCAAUUUUGGUAAACUUCUUCGUCGCAAUUAUUGUCAGUCAUGUCUUCGCUUGGAAGAUCGCCCUUGUGUGUUUGGCAAUGGUCCCCAUUUUACUCGCGGCUGGCAUUUUUCAGAUCCGGGCUACUUCUCGGCACCAGGAACGAAGCCAUAAGGCAUUUGUACAGGCAAUCGGGAUUACCGUGGAAGCAGUAAAUCAGAUCAAAACCAUUGCGAGCUUCUCGUUAGAAGACGAGACAAUCGGUCGAUAUCGAAAAGCCUUAAAGGGACCCAGAAAAAGUAUGAUCAAAGAAGCCUUGCAUACUUGCAUCUACCUCUCCAUUUCGAAUAGCACGGGUUUCUUCAUAUACUCACUUUCUUAUUGGUGGGGUUCACAGCUUAUAAUACGCGGCGAAUAUACCCAGACCCAAUUCUACAUCGUUCAGGUUUCGAUGCUAGUGAGCGCAACACUAUGGGGCCAGAUGUUCUCACUUGUUCCUGAAUAUUCAAGGGCUAGGACUGCGGCCUCGAGGGUAUUAAAUCUUAUCAAUCUCAGAGGUGACAAUAAACCAUCGGAGACCCUCCGCCUGCAUGAAGACGGUCAGGGAGAAGGAGAAAAGGACCGUGACGUUGAAGCUGAAGCAGAGGGUAAAUCCUUAGUGACGAACCCAUCUCAUUCCAAGGGAGUGAGCGUCGUUUUUCGCGACGUCCACUUUGCUUAUCCAUCUCGGCCAGACCAGCCAAUUCUGAAAGGUCUAUCCUUCACAAUCCAACCCGGACAGUUCGUUGGCCUUGUCGGGCCCUCGGGAGCAGGCAAAUCAACCAUCAUGGGUCUUAUUCAGCGAAUGUAUACUUCAAUAGGAUCAGUCGAAAUCGAUGGUGUGGAUAUUGGUUUGUGUGAGACCGCUGACUUCCGCGACAAUAUUUCAGUCGUGCCGCAGGACAAUGCGCUUUUCAACGGCAGUAUCAAGUUUAAUGUUGGCUUAGGCGCUCGUCCUGGUCACGAAGCCACCGACGCCGAGAUAGAGGAAGCUUGUCGCACUGCGAAUAUCCAUGAUACAAUUGUCAGUCUCCCGCAGGGCUAUGAUACGGAGUGCGGGCCAAAUGGGUCUCGCCUUUCUGGCGGCCAACGUCAGCGACUUGCUAUUGCACGUGCGCUGGUUCGUAACCCUGACUUGUUGUUGUUGGACGAAAGUACCAGUGCACUAGAUGCCGAGAGUGAACGGGCGGUACAAGUAGGCCUUGAAAGGAUCGCGCGGCGAAUGACGGUGAUUGCUAUAACGCAUAGGCUACACACCGUACAGAGAGCUGAUGUUAUCUUUGUGGUGGAAGGCGGUAGGAUUAUAGAUAAGGGGAGUCAUGGGGAAUUGAUGGAGCGAAGCGAGAGUUAUCGAAUCAAUGCUAUGCAGCAAAUGUUGCAAUGACCUUUUGGUCAUUUUAUCCUGGGUUCGUCGAGAUGAGGGUAGAUAAUGAGGUUAUAAUAGAGCGAAAAUUUGAACUAAUUCACAGUUUUUAGGGCUUGACCCUUCUAUAAAUAGAGACUCAGUGAGCAUAAUAACCCCGCCGAGCACC